UCCUUACUUCCCCCAAUCUCUCUCCUCUGCCCCAUGAUUAUUAAAUAACCCUGGGAUUGUAGGUUCUCAUCUGUCCCACCCUAUCCCUGAUAUUAAUCCCUUCCAGGCUGGCGUCUUUUUUCCUUCCGCAGUGUGAACCCCGGGAAUUUGGGUUCUCCUCUCUGUCUCACUCCCCCUUGCUCCAAGAAAUGGCAGUCUCUCUUUGGAAAAGUUUACUCCAAACCACAAAGAGUAGACUAUUCCUGCAAAGAUGUGUGUCACUUUAUAACAGUGCCCAUGGCUUUGAGGAAGAAGAGAUGAAGAAAAAACUUCAGCAGUUUGGUGGUGGAUCCAUCGACCUUUCUAAGGAAGACAAUGGCAUUGGAGUCCUGACCUUGAACAACCCAAAGCUAAUGAAUGCAUUCACAGGCACUAUGAUGCUAGAACUCCAGGAGAGGGUAACUGAACUGGAAAAUUGGAAGGAUGGGAAAGGUCUUAUCAUCCAUGGUGCAGAAAAUACUUUUUGCUCAGGAUCUAAUUUGAAUGCUGUCAGAGCAAUGUCCAGCCCACAGGAUGGAAUGAACAUCUGCAUGUUUAUGCAAAACACCUUAACCAGACUUAAGAGGCUGCCUCUGAUUAGUGUUGCAUUAGUUCAAGGAAAAGCUCUGGGAGGUGGAGCAGAAUUUACCACCGCAUGUGAUUUCAGGUUAAUGACUCCAGGAAGCGAGAUUAGAUUUGUCCACAAGCAAAUGGGUUUAGUACCAGGCUGGGGUGGAGCUGCCAGGCUAGUACAAAUCGUUGGCAGUGGUGCUGCCCUGAAGCUGCUAAGUGGUGCUCUCAAAGUGGAUCCUGAGAGCGCAGUACAUCUCGGGCUGGCUGAGGAAACUUUGCCGUCUUCAGAUGAAACCAGAUCUUUAGAAGAAGCCCAAGCAUGGCUAAAUCAAUAUACAAAGGGUCCAGCCGAAGUGAUUCAGGCUGUGAAAAAGGUGGUCACAGCAGGAAGAGAGCUACAGUUCGAAGCUGCUUUACGGGCAGAGAAGGACAUUUUUGGAACCGUUUGGGGUGGGCCUGCCAAUUUGCAGGCCUUAGCUCAAAGCACAAAACACAAAUGAUUAACUGUCAAUGCAUAAGAAAAAUGUUUUUGAUCUUUUGCAAACAAAGCCUCCACUAAAGCAGGCAUUUAUUUGAUCCAUUUAAGAAUUUGUUCAUUUAAACUGGCACUAACAUUCCUAGCUUGCAUAUCAUGGAACCAUAUUUGGUGUGCUACCACAGAGAGAAAUCCCCAGUGGAUCCUUUGCUGUUCUAAUCACAGGUAGAAUGGAAAUCAGUGAAAUUAAAGGUAAAUUCUGUGUUGGGAAUUGAACUGUUACUGUCUCAGAAUGGGGUUGAAGACUAUGUUCUUGUUUUCUUUUGAAUUAUUCGCUUGUGAAGAUGCUAGGUUGACUGCACUAGAAAUAAAGCCUAUUCAUCAACCGAA